GAAAGACUUUUGUUGGUGCGUCAAAAGAAAAAAAGAAAAAAAAAUUGCAAAUUCUAGUUGAUGACUGUUCAUCGUCUCAAAAAUUCGAGAUGGCGAAUUCACUCAUCCUUGGCUCACCAAUGAACCCAGAAAGAGAUUUGAUGAUCCAAGUCUCUGAUCAUCAAGACAACAACAUCGAGUUUCAAAGAAAGAAGAAAGUGAAGCAGAACAAUACUGAAACAGAACCAGAUUACUCUUGUUUUAAUGCCCAUGUCACAGCUUCAAGUCAGCAAUCUGGUAGACUGUAUCUUCCACAAGAUUUCACUAGCUCAAUUGGUCUUAUUAGGCAAUGCAGCAAGAGUCCACCACAGAUAAUUUCGUCAAGUGAUAAAAAUUUUAUAAAAUUUAGACUUGCACCAGUUGAUGGCAGACAUUGUAGACUGCGUCUUCCAAUGCAAUUCACGAGGGAGAAUGGGAUAAACAAACCGGGCAAGAUAUAUUUGUUGGGCAAAGAUGGUUCAAAGUGGCUGGCGAAUCUUCUCUUGGAAAACACCAGAGGAAGAAUGACUUUGGGAGAUGGCUGGAAAAGUUUUGUUAAAGCAAACGGCUUAAAGACUGGUGAAUCUGUUACACUCAGGUUAUGUUGGGAAGACACAAUUCCUGUACUCAGUUUGUGUUCUGAAGAGUACAUCACUAACACAAGAGUAGGCAAAAAGUGUUCAGAAGCAAGUGAGAAAGAGCCUCUUCCCACAGUGCCUGAAACCAAAAAAGAUGAGACCAGCUCGUGGAAGAGAGAGAAUAAUCAUAUGAGAUGCAUAGAUUCAACUUCACCAAGCCAAAACCACAUACUGACAUUAACAAUCACACCUGACAGUCUCAAACAUGGUAGACUACGUCUUCCAUUGCAAUUCAUGGCGGAGAAUAACAUGGACAAGCCCGGGGAGAUAACUCUUUUAGGUAAAGAUGGUGCAAAGUGGUUAGUAAGUCUUCUACUAGAAAAAAGAGGAAGAAUGAGUUUGGGAAAAGGCUGGAAAGAUUUUGCUAAAGCAAAUGGUUUAAGGACGGAUGAUUCCAUCACAUUGGAGUUAAUAUGGGAAAACGCAACUCCUAUUCUCCAUUUGCUUCGUAUAGAGUCUAGCAGUGGUAGAGGGGAAUGUGAUUUUUCUAAAGAGUCUCUUCCAAUAGAACCUAAUAGUGGAAACAAGGCUAGAAACUCAGAUAACAAUAGAGAAGAGAGCAAAAAGUAUCCUCCUGGAAGUAGAGAAUCAUCUUCAGCAAUCCAAAACCAGUUCAUGGCAUUAACACGUCCGUCUGGUAUAAUUAGCCAGGGUGCUCUUCAUCUUCAAACCAACGAGGUCUUCAUUUAUAGAAAUGAAGGAGGUAAUAUGUUACAGAUCUCAGAUUUGGGACCCUAUUUUUUUGGUAUUCGAGAUGUACCGGCUCCAAGCAGCAACAAUGAUCAUGACAGAAUCGGUAACAUUUCAAUGAAAAUGCAUCCGCAUUUAAGAAAAGAAGCAGGCUUGUCAUCAUCAUAUGAUGGUGAUGAUCAUGACAAUUUUGAGCGUCCAAGUAAGAAGAGAGUGAGGAAGAACAGUCCAGAAACAGAGGAAAAUUAUUCAUCAGACCACGCUCGUUUUGGAGCCCAUGUCACAACAACUUCGAAUCUACACACAAAUGAACUGCGGCUAGCAGCGAAAGAGUGUUUUCCCAUAGGGCCUAGCGUGGAAAAAAAGAUAAGUGAAGGUGAAAACAGCAAAGACAAAAUCAACAUGGUGGAGAGCAGCUCAUGUGGAAGAGAGGAGAAUCAUCUCAGAUGUAUAGCUUCAAUUUCACCAAGCCAAAACCGAUUCCUUACAUUAACAAUAACACCCGACAGUCUCCGACAUGGUAGACUGCGUCUUCCGCUGGAAUUCAUGACGGAGAAUAACAUGAAUAAGCCUGGAGAGAUAACUUUGUUAGGUAAAAAUGGUGCAAAGUGGCUCGUAAGUCUUCUACUGGAGAGAAGAGGAAGAAUGAGUUUGGGUAAAGGCUGGAAAAUUUUUGCUAAAGAAAAUGGCUUAAAGACGGGCGAUUCCAUCACGUUCGAGUCAAUUGGGCAAAACGCAUCUCAUGUGCUCAGUUUGCUCUAUAUAGAGUCUAGCAGUGUUAGAGGACAAAGUGAUUUUCCAAAAGAGUCUCAUUUUACAAACAGAGAAGAGAAAAACUCACAGGAGCUGGAGAAAAGAACGUAUUUUCCUAGAAUACAAAAUUCGUCUUCAGAUAUCCAAAACCGAUUCCUGACGUUAACACUUACACCUGAAGAUGUUAGAGAUGGUACUUUGCAUCUUCCAAGUAAAUUCAUGAGAAUUAAUGACAUCAACAAAUCUGGACGGACAACUUUGUUGGGUAGAGGAGGUAUGAAGUGGUUUGCAUAUUUACUGCCGAGAGAUGGAAUUGUCGUUUUGGGAAAUGGUUGGAAAGGUUUUUGUGAGGCGAAUGGUGUGAUGCUAGGAGAGUCUUUUAUUUUGGAAUUCCUUCACAAAGAAGAUACAAACCUUAUAUUUAAGUUCUACUCCAUCUAAGGAGACCCAAUAUAUAAAUGUUAAGUAGUACUUUUUCAAGGCUUACCAAAUGUCUUCUCCUAUAUCAUAGCUAUCCAUUUUAUUUGGAAUAUGACUUGGUUGGAUGUGUAACAUGUAUUGACCAUGUGUAGCUUUCUAACAAUUACAACCUGUUUUACCUUAA